CGAUCUUUCAGCAUUUUCAAGUCAGACUUGUGCUUUUUUGAACUAGCAUUCCAGAUCAACUCUACAUUCAAGGACUAGCUCAGUCUGAUAAUCCAAAACCGUUGGUCGAUCAGAAAUCAUACGGAUGUAAAAUAAAGUAAGGUAGAUACAUGUUUCGUCUUAAGGUGUUGGUCAUUCCAGUCUCAGUAGUGGUUAGGAAAAAAUGUUGAUAAUCAUGAAGUUAAGUGAUAGAGGAAGGAGGAAAAUUUUAAACUCCAAAGAUGCACGCCCAUUGCUCCUGAGAUCAAUCCCAACAACGCGUGUCCUUGCCUUCUUCCUGCGCCCCUCACCCUCUUCUUAGCCUAAAGCUCAAGUUCAACUUGAUGGUGGGUUCGCUCUGUAUUUUUACCAUUUCCCUAGCGAUUCAAAGAACAGCCCCUAAUGGGAGUGCUAUAUACUUUUGGUGUGUAAAUGGCGAUUGUGAUCCGUCUGUGGCAACAAAACCCUUGGAUAUUCCCGGCAUGAAUACCUCAAUACCCCCUUCAGUUGAAGGAACAGCUUAUUUCAAACCAGGAUUGGUAUUGUACGGUCCUCGAACCCAUGCGCCAGCCUUUAACGCUUUAUGUUAUACUAAACCAGACUCUCAAGGAGUAACAGAGGUUGAACUAAAAUAUGCCUCAAAUGAAGCAACGGAAGGCAUUGCAUCCAGGGCGAGUUAUUAUCCUUUGGAGUUGGGCAUCAAUGUUGGACAAACUGACUAUUUUCUUGCGACAAUUCGACCCUUCAUGAUGAUUACCACACUGCUGCGGAACGUAAUAAGACUUCCCCGAUUGCCCAAAUUGAAGCGUGCGUUGAUCUCCUUUCGUCAUAUUUGUGGAACAGACACCAAUGGACCUUAUUUUUCCAACCUUGUUGUUUGCCAAUUGAGAUUGCAAUUGGCCAAAGCUGAUCACCCUGACGGAUUCGAGCACGACGUCGCCUUCGUUCCCGAUUCCGAGCUCCUUAACGACGGAAGCGUGAGAUUAGUUUCGAAUUGGAAAUCGGCGAUUUUUUCCAUACCACCUACUUUGAACACCAACCACAGGGCUCAAGUUCUAGCCAACUAUGGCUCAUACGUUGGAUUUGCUGCUUUGGAUGAUAUAAAAAUCACAACACGAGAAAUGUGUUCGCCAAUGUGGGUCAAGUUUCCUGGGUUCGGUUUUCAAUCGGACAUCUUAUCGAAGGUGGACACGUCAUUGGAUGAUUUUGAAAUGACCGGAAUAGACGCCCAGAUGUUACUCGAGAAAUAUGCAAUGAUUAGCUCAACGGCCACAUUGGAAGCCUGCACACGCCGUUGUUACUUUGGAUCAGGUUGCGAUAUGGUUGAAAUCGACCCUAUCACUUUAACUUGUCGGUUUUAUCCCCACUUGGGAUUGAAAAAUGAACCGUGGUUCACCAUAGUACAGGAUAAUGCCCCCACAGACUUGUACGUCCUGCAAUGUUCCACCUCCCAAGAAAACAUUCUUUAUAACAAUGAUUUCUGGACCACAAUAAAUGCUCCCUGGCAAGUCGACCACAAUUGUAGCAAAGCUGAGCUCGGUCUUAAUUCUGCACUAAAUGAGGAGAUUGGAUCUCAAACAUCGAAUGCAAUGGGAACAUGGGAUUUCGAGUGCAAUACCAACCAAGGCUUUGAAGUGAGAGCUACUCUUGACUUGGAUCUUUUUCCAUUGGGCAUCGACCAAGCCUACUUGAACUCGGUAAACAUGGCUGGCUUGGUGGUGGGAUGGGCUCAAGGCCUCAGUAAUCCCAUCAAUGUUAAUCAAGGGUUCGAGUACAAGUUAGACAUUGAAGACGGAAACCCGAUUGUCAUCAACCAAAUGGAGUCCACCACCCAAUGGCCCCUGAGUAAAUCUUUGAACAGCGUUUCGAAUCAGCUGUCGAAGACCGUCUCCUUUGGCUAUCUAUCUCAAUACCCGGCUCAACAAAGCCGAGUGGUUCCAAUCAACUUCUUGGUGGAUAUGCCAUUCGGUCUUGGUUGUUUUGGCAUGACUCAAGAGGCCCUAUCCACCUUUGGGGCUCCCAUUCUAGCUCCCGACAUGACUCCCGUCCAAUGUUUAACCACGUGUGCGACCACAUUUCCUUCUCCACAGAAGCGAUUUUCAGGACUGAGCAAUGCCAACGAAUGUCGUUGCUUUGAAGAGCUUCCGAACCCAGAUUUGACUUUGUUGCCGGAUUUGGCCUGUUCGACCCCUUGCACGGGAGAUGAUCAUCAAUUUUGUGGAGGAAAUACGACAAACGUGUUGAACUUUUUCGUGGCAAGAUGUCCGGAAAACCAACAGAGGUUUGGUGAUUACUGUUAUGUGCAAAAUGACCAGGAUCUUUCCAUUGAAGAGAACGCGGAUUUUUGCUCUGAGCAGGAGAUGCAUUUGUUCUGGCCCAACUCCAUUGCUGAGAUUUUGUUCUUAAGCGAGAUCAUGCCCAAAGCUCAACGUCACUUGGGUUUCAUGUAUGUUUUGGACAAUGACGGUAUUGUGGCAGUCGAUGGAUCCAUUCUGGUUGGAAAUGGAGCAACGCAUUUGCCAUUGGACGGUAGUCCAAUCAUAUCCCCAUCGGAUGAUUAUCAAAUGACCAACAAUUCUUGCCACAUUUUGGACCUGGAUAACAGGGUCAGGUCGUUGAGUCCCUGCACUUUGCUAACAGGGGCGCUUUGCAAAGCCAAAAUAGCCAAAGGAGCCGGAUCUGAAUAUUUAGGAUCCAUCAUCCAUGUUGAGGUUUAUUCUCCGAUUCAGACGGCUCCUCAAGAAUCGUUUGGCAUAGGUUUGCCCAUCAGAGUUGAGCUUCAGGAGAGCGCUUACAUUCAAAAUAAAUGGAUUGACUUGAAGUUCCCUCACAAGAUUGUCUUAAGGGCCUUACAGAUCGAAACGCUCAAGGCAAAAUUCUUGAAAUCAUUUCAUUUGAAAGUGGCUGAAGCAAGUUUCGCCCAGUCCACCGAAUUUACAUAUAUCGAGUUCAAAACAGGAAAACCCGUGCUCUUUCAUGUGUUUCAUACCUCUUUUGAGAACAUGAACAACGUUAUGCAGCGCACUAUUCAUCUUGUAAGACCAAGAAUGACUCGGCAUAUUCAGUUAGAACUUGUGGAGUCAGCGUUGGAAGUUGCAAUAAAUUUGGAUAUCAUUGGGAUGCCGGCCAAGAAAGCUUACGCAGCCAACAAGUAUCUUGAACAGGACCACGAAUUCCAGAGGAUUGUUCCAGGAAUAGAUCUAAACCAACCAGGCUACGAUAUAAAUCCCAAUACUCCUCUGUAUCCAAACGGUCGGCUUUUUUAUAGGGGUUGGAUCAAUGACAUGUCGCUAAGCAAAGACAUAUUGCGAUUAGAAUUCUUGACACCGACAACCAAAUACUUCAACGUGUUGGUAUCUGCGGAAGACUCGGUCUACACCCUCCUGAUUACCAGCAAUUUGAUCACCAACCCGCCCAGCGGUUCCAUAGAGUGGCAAAAUUAUCGUCCUUCCCAAACCCUGACAUUGGAAAUUGAGGUCCAAUUUUCGCCGGAUAGCUUGGACCUGUUCUUCAAGGGCGAUCUGAUCGAUACGUUUCUGUUUAACUCUGACUUCUUGAACGAGCCUAUAUUCUCACGCAUGACUCAAGAAACUAACGCAACCACGUCGAGGAUUCAAUUCACCUCCAUUUUGCAAUACGGAGCUUUUGACGAAUUCAAGAUGAGGACCAAUGUGGACUUCCCAUCCGUUUUUGACCCACCAACCUUGACACCCUUAGAUGUUGUUGUCGAUAAGGACGAAGGGCUAUUAUUUCAAAUAUUUGGCGAUCCAAGUAGUAAAAAUUUUGGUUACAUCCCAUUUGAGUUUAAACAAAAUUGCUUUGAAACUCCAAAUGGGAAUGUAAAGUGCGUCCCAGGGUCUGGAAUCAUGUCCACUCAAUCCUUUGGAGGAUCGCCCGGGGUCAACAAUCCAACAGUAUGUCCAACUGGUUACGACCAUCUAGGCAAAAUCUGCAUGAAAACGUACACUACUCUACCCACCCACAACCAUGGAGAUGCCCAAUCAUAUUGUUCUCCUGACCAUAUUUAUGUUCCCAUGGAUCAAGACCAUAACCGAUUAUUCAGAGCAGUCAUGAAAUCGAUGGAAGCAACUUUGCCAGUCCCAGAAAUUUGGAUCGGUGUGACCAGGUUUGCAAAUGGCUCCUGGAUUACAGAAGAAGGCAUUGAGUUGUCGCCUUCAAUCUCUGAUUGGGCUCCUGGUUAUCCGAAUGAGUUGGACAGUCAAGCUAAUUGCGUCAUGGCCUCCAACGUCCAUGGAUUUAAAUGGAUCAAUGGGGCAUGCAAUCAACUCAAGACCGUUUAUUGCUCUUAUGCUGAGAAACUCCCAUAUUGUCCAAGAAGUUACGAAUGGUUUCCUGAAAUCCCGGAUUCCUGUUUCCGAAUCAGCUCGGCGGCAAACCAUUUGAUCGCGACCAAUUCUUAUUCAAGCUCAAUCCACAUCGCUGAAGAUAUGUGCCAAAUGGAACAUACCCGACUUUACGUCGUCGAGACUUUAGAACAAGGCAGAGCUUUGGCUCUCUGGGUAGCGAACUCGCCUCGUGUGUCGUCUAUAUACAGCACCAUCUGGUCUGGCAUGCAUGAAGCAGAAUUAGGAGCGUAUAUUUUUGCCGAUCAAUAUGAGCCAUCCACAUCUUUAUCCGAAGAUCCGGCGUUUUUUGCCGAAGGUGGAGCUGAUCGCUCUUGUUUGCGGAUGAUCGUUUCGUCAGGUGAUCCGUCACAAAUUGGUCGGGUUCAUACCCAAGAAUGUGCCUCAAUCAGCAACCACAUGUUUUAUGGCGUUUGUCAAUACACGCAAUGCAUUGCUCAAAGCAGGGAUCUAUGCCAAUUUCCAUUCAGGUACCAGAACCGAAUGUACGAUUCUUGCAUAACAUUGGGAUCGUUGGACGGAUCUCCCUGGUGUAGUGGUUCUACAGAUACACAGUUCAAUCAUCUCCCUGGAUCUGAACUUCAGUGCCCUGAAACAUGCAAGGUCAAUCAUUGUCCUAUUGGGUACAGAAGAAUGUACAAGGAUCAAUCUUGUUACAAGCUUUCCCCACCCUAUCCAUCCAAAACCAAGUCCAGUGUGGAUGAAGCUCAGGCGGAGUGUAACAAGGACGGUGCCAAACUCUUGGAACCUCGGUCAGAAGAUUUUUGGACACAUUUCCUGAAACUGGAAUCCCACUCCUUCUUAACGGGUCAACAUUUCAAGCAUAAUGCCGAGACAUCCUUUGUAGCCCUGGGCCUGUUUAUUGAUUUCUCGACUGGAACGCCGGUGGUUCAAUAUGCCGAUGGAACUGUCCCAUAUGAGCCGUUAGAAGGAACAGACAUUCCAUGGCGUACUGGAUUUCCGGAGAAUGAUCCGAGCAAGGCUUGUGUGGCCUUGAUGAGCCCGGAUGGUAAAUUGAUCAAUACCCCUUGCCAAGGUUACUCUGACGGAGACAUAACAGGACAUGGAACAUUGGGGUACCUAUGCGAAGCUAGGCCAACGGAAGCCACCAAUGAGGCUGGAGAUGCGAAGGUCUGCCACUUUCCAUUUGCUUUCGAUGGCGUUGUUUACCAUGGUUGUAUUGGUCCUGAUGUGGCCGCUCCUGAUGGCGUUGAACAACCUUGGUGUGCCACGGAGGUGGAUGGUAGUGGGGUCCUGAAACCUGGUAUGUGGGCUUUUUGCUCGGAUGAACGUUCCAUCGCGUACUCGGGUUUUGAGGGACAAUAUUGCUCAGUUCCAUUUCUGAUGAACAAACGAUUUUACGAUACUUGUACGAGGCAAACUCCCGAUGCCUUCAACGUUAUGCAAUAUCAUUGGUGUGCCAACAAAUUAAAUACAUCCCUGGAGAUUCCCUACGAAAGUGGUCUCAAGGGCAAAUGCUCGGGUUUCUUAAUCCCUGAAGAUUCCGGGUGCCCAGAUCAUUAUGACAUGGUCGGUGGCAAUUGUGUUCGCAUAUCCACAUAUCCUGUCACAUUUGACGAGGCGCAUUCAGCAUGCCUUGCGGAUGGGGGCGAAUUGCUGACAAUCCUACAAGAUCAAAUGACUCAAGACAUUCAAGCCCUUCUAGAGCAAAAGCGAAAGGAGUUCGAGCAUUAUUCAACAACGGAAUUCUUUUGGGUGGGAGCUGAAUAUCAAAAUGGUUGGAACUGGAUGGACAGCCGGUCCAAUGGUCUUCAGCCAUUUGAUGCUUAUACAAAUUGGGAGUCAAACACCCCAGAUUUGGGUUGUCCAAUUGGAUUGGGAUGCUCCACUGACACAAGACUAGUGGUCCAAGCAGCCUCUGGAUAUACUUGGAAAGCAGCUCAAAAGGACGAGCUGAUGGGCUAUAUUUGCCAAUCAAUUUGUCCUUCACCUUUUCGAUGGAGUGGAAGAUUAGGGUCGUGCAUCAAUGCGGUGACAACGAAAAGAACCGUACCUGAAGCCAUUGUAGAUUGUGCACGGAGCAACGCUACCCUGUUCCCUUUCCGCAAUUGCAACGAUUUAGAUAAUUUGCGUUUGAGCUUGCUUGAAAUUGGUGCUCCUGUUGAUUCUGACUAUACUAUAGGCGGUUUCUAUGGCAUUACUCAAACUUGGAAUUCCAAAGGCCCAGUUGACGCCGAGAUUCAAGACAGUAUGGGACACUCGCUCGAAGGAGUGUUAUUCGAUGUCAACCAAGGACUCUGUUUGGUUCAACAUGGGACACUUCCUUUUGGAAUGCAAGGCCCCAUGGCCUUUGGUGUGUUUUUGGAUGCGUCUCAGAUGUUCACCUACCAUCACUCCCUGAGCAAAAUCGCGACGAGACUCCACAAAUCCGGUUAUGUGUGCAAGAUUGAUGAAGAUUUCGCUUGCCCUCAGGGCUAUUAUAAAUACGUGGAUUCGUGUUUCAAAUUCGUUCACGAUUCCAAAUUGAGCAUGGUGGAUGCAAGUAUCUCCUGCCAAGAAAAUUAUGAAGCCACUUUGGCCAAUAUUUCUCAAAAUCUGGAGGCUCAAGUACUUGCCGAGUUCAUCAAAGAAGAGGAACCACGUGGAAAUACAACUCAAUAUUGGCUGGGAACAAGACUAGAGCGAGACUCCAUCACCGACCCUUUCGAAGUGUUCUCUGAUCCUCUCUUAAAAUGCAAUUGUGCAUCAAGCGUCAACUUCUUCAAACACGGGAACAAAUGCUUUUAUAAAGAGUGGACCCCUAUGGGAUUUGAAGAAGCUAAAACCUCGUGUGAGAGCCAUGGUGGGACAUUAGCGACUGGAUUGGACCAAGAUUCUUUAGAUCAAAUCUUUCAAUACGAAGAAACCAACCCUCACGUGAAUGGAAUGUGGGUGGGGGCAGCUACACCCGUUUACCCUGGCUUCCAAUGCAGUGAAAGUGGGCCAACAUUUUGCCAAUACCAUUGGACAGAUCCGGCCAAUACUCCCAUCGAUCCUGUCCAGUUCUCCUUUUUACAAAGUGAUAAAAACAGCACUUGCAUCCGGAUCACCAAUAACGGUCUCUCCGAUGAGUUUUGCAACACAAAACUUGAGUCCUUGUGUGCACGUGACUCUUGCUUACCGGAGCCGGAGCCUAACUUUGCCAAAAUGAGAUGUGCCAUCAUGGAGCGUUUUGGUCCAAUCCAUCGUAUUUUGCCUAGCCAAUGUUUGGACCAAAUUGGAUAUGUGUGUCGAAAAGAUCAAAUUGGAUCGGCAUUUUCCAAAAAAACACCUGUUGAGAGCCAACUGAUUUUGCCGCUUGCCAAAGGAUUUGGGCUUCAAGAUCAAUCGGGUCAAAAUACCAUCGUGUCUGGCACGAAGGUAGGAUUCUCGUCUCAAUGGGUAAAAACACAUCACCUAGGAGCGGCCUUAUUCGGAGGCCAAACUCACUUGGACAUGGCCACAGGGCUAACAGGUGGAACAGGGUUUACCAUCUUUUUCACCAUUUCGAUUUGGGAUAACACUGCCACAGCCACCAUCAUGGACUUUCGCCCCUCGUAUGACCUUGAUCAAGGUCUGUUGAUAGAAUGGAGAGAUGGCUCACCCGUUUUCAUUUUACGAAACAACGUGGGACCCAAAGAGUUUCGUGUCAUAGAUUCGUCCAAGUUGACCGACCUGAACACCUUUGCCACUUUUGGUAUCACUUUUGAUGUACUGACCAACCGCGGAACAAUCUUUAGAGACAACGUUUUUGGCUUUCAAAACGAUACUGAUCAGUUCGCGAAUGAAUACUUUGAUUUUGAUCCUGAAAAUUGGUUCCAAACCGCGUUGCUCCAUGGUGGCCGAAUAGGAGCUAGCCGCAUUGAUCCAACUCUUAACCCUCUUCAUGGGGCAUUAAGCUGUAUCCAAAUCUACAAUCAUGGAAUGACUCCGGGACAAAUCUUGGAAAAAGACACUUGUGGGAACGAAUUCUAUCCAAUUUGUCCUACAGGACAGUUCCAGUGGAACGACAAUUGUUUCAAGGUCUCCAUCAUACCAGCUACCUUUGCACGUGCGGAGGCGAACUGCAUGGCCAUGGGAAGCAAUGGUUACAAAUCCGAGCUGAUCCACAUGAUUGAAGCUGAUCUGUUGGACCACUUGUCACGAGUGGUUCAACAAAGCACAGGCCAAUCUGCCUUUUGGGUGGGAUUGGAACAACGCUCGGGAUUAGGUUAUUUUGAAUCCACAGAUGGGACCACUCGAUAUAACUCCACCGAUGAUAUUUGGGUGGAACCUGGGUCUCCAUAUACCUCACAACAAUGCGCUAGGGUUCCAGGACUAAAUGGAGGUUACUUGGAAACGAAAUCUUGUGACGCGGAGAACCAUUACGUUUGUCAACGGAAAGGACUAAAUCAAAGGCCUGAUGAUCCAUGUCCCAUGGGAUUUGCAUUUUACAGAGGAACUUGUCUCCUUCCGUCCAAAGAAGCAGCUGUAUUCGAAGACGCUCAAGAGUAUUGCGCGUCUCAAGGUGCCAAAGUCCAUGCUAGCAAAACAAAUUCCCAAUUCGAAUUCAUCAAAGAAUAUGCAGGCACUGAGAUUGGGAGAGAUAUUUGGAUGGGUGUUCAAAAGGGUCUCAAAGAGCAUUUUAUUGAUCCAAGUAUGGAUGAGCCUUUGAGAUUGACAGACGGCGAUGGCAAAUUCUAUUCAGACGGAACCCCUUUUGAAGAUCAGACAGAUUUUAGUUUCAAAAUGACCUCUUCAUCGGGUCAUUGGGAUGGUCCAUGUGUAUAUUUGCGGACAUCCGUCGGUUAUCGAGCCCGAAAUGCAUUGUGCUCCCGAGAAUAUGCCUUCAUUUGCGAAUGGAAAGAACCUACUUGUCCGGUGAACUACCGCAUUUCUCCGGAAUUGGGACCGAGAAGCUGCUAUCGUACUAUAACCUCACCAGGACCCUUUACGGCAAAUGCGUGUGAAGAUCCUGCCGAUGAGCUCAGACAUUUAGCUUGGCCUGAGUCCUUGAAGGCACUUGAGAAGUUCAGAGAACUAACUGAAACGGUAACGGGUUCUAUCUGGAUAGGAGGAGAAUUUUUCCCUAAUCAAACUUGGAUCAAUGGUCGUGGGGAGACAAUUGAAAUCCCUGGUGAUUACAAAGACAUGAGUCUUCUAGGAAAUUGGUAUCAACCGCCACUUUCCGACUCGGUCUCAUCAGGUUGUUUGAAAAUGAAUGCCAAUGGACUCCUCCGUAACUCCUAUGACAAUGCAUGCCAAAAUGCGAGUCAUCCAUACGCUUGCGAGUACAAAGCUUGUUUCACGGUACAAGGCAAACAAUGCGUAUUCCCUUUUCCAUACAGGAACGUGUCCACAACAGGAAUCGUGACUGAACUGCAGUACACAAAAUGUUCCACUUUAGACGUGUAUUCUCCAUGGUGUGCCACAGAGUUGGAUGUCGAUGGCAAUAUUGUUGAUUGGGAUUUUUGCGUACAAGAUUGUCCAUCCGAGAUCGUCGAGGUUGCGUGUCUAAGUGAACCCGAAUUCCCAGCCUUGGUCAAUUUAUGGGAUGGGUCGGACUUUGUCAACUUUACAGCAAAUUAUGAGCAAGGGUCAGGAAUGGUGACCAAGGAGUUGGAUUUUGUAUCAUUCAAUUGCCCUCAAGGAUACGUUUUUGAGGGAUCCAACAACGUCACUCAUUAUGCCUUGUGCCAUAAUUGGGAGUACCACUACCUUUUUGAUCGUAAUGCACGAUGCCAACGUGUGACAUGUGCAUGCCCACCGAGGUUUUCACGAGAUUCUGUGGUUUAUGGCACCACUGAUUGGGGCAACCAAAUCUACACUUGCCAAAGGAAUGAGAGCUUCCCCUUGAAUGCCAGCAUCACGUACUCUUGUCCUGAGGGUUAUGUGUUCGAAACUCCGGAGUUUCUAGCCUUUGGUGAUGAAAAGGAUGAGCUUUUUGUGAUUUGUGAAACAUAUGCAGAUUGGAAUAUUACCCAUGACCCUAAAUGCAUUCCCAUCAAUUGCACUGAUAGCCCACCCAUUGUGCCCAAUGAUCCCAAGGGAGUAUUCGAUUGGGACUUUGCCAACAAAAGCUACUUGCAUCAAAUCAAUUACAGGUGCCCUCUCUCAUUUUGGGGCUACCCAAGCACAGGAGCGCACUCGGAAACCAUCUAUUGCAUGUCCAAUAAACGUUGGAGCAUUCCAACCAUCGAGGACUGUCAACAGCUUCCUUGCAAAUAUGCCCCACCCAAAGUCCCCGAGGGUGGAUGGUUCUGGUUUGACAUGGAUCGAACCAAAUACAAGUGUCCUCAUGGAUAUGAAUUCGAAGAUGGAUCUUUUCCCUUUGUCGAGUCAGAAUGUGCAGCUAAUAGGUUGUGGAGCCCACAAAGCAUCAAAAACUGCACGACUCGGAAAUGUCAAAGCCCGCCAGCCUUGCCAUACAUGUGGAUGGACAUGGACUGGCCUCAUAGAAGUUCAAAGCUCGGAGUACGAGCCACUUACAGAUGCCCUUAUAAAAAAGAGACACCAGAUGGCGAAUCCCGACAGUAUUCCACUUGCAUGUGGGACAAGGACAGUGAUAAUAUGAUGUGGUACCCCAUUGAGAUUCAGCGUUGUUCGCGUAAGUCAACAAAUUGGUUACAAAUGGAACCAAUUGAGGAUCCAUUUGAAUCAUAUUUUCUAAUCUCAAUUGCUUGUUUUUUCUUCUGGGUUGGUCCGAGACAUCAUUCAUUGGUUUGUACGAGUAAGUAAUGCUAGGUGCCUCAUUUAGAACCCAAGGCAUUCAAGACAGACUCUCUUCCAACUGAUCCCCAUUCACCAAUACAUUAUUUAGGAGUUGAUGCAGUGUGUUGCUUUCUCGUGUCCAAUCAUUUCCUUCAGCUUUUGAUGGCUUCGCGGCUCUUUGUGUUUUCGUGCUUGGGUAGAUAUAAUUGGUCUUCGCUAAGAUUUAUGAAGCCGGCUUGGGAACGUUAUUGUGACAUGCAAUCACUGAAUCAUGUCUCUAUUUUUCAAGAAAGUCAGUUUGGUCGUGUGUUUAUUCCUCUCCACCCAACAUUAAGGUCUCCAUGGAGUUGAGAAGUCAAUGAUCAAUCCAAUGGCGACAAACACCAUCAGAAAUCCCUCCUCGACAUUGGACUAUCUGUUCUGUUUGGUGAGCAGAGGGUUGGUUUCUGAAGCCUUUCGGACCUUUAUUGAACCCAAAGCCUUCUUUUGGAACUUAUGUUAAAUGUUAGGUUAUAUGUUUAUGUCAAUAAACGUCUUGUUCAAUUAAUUUGCGUGUUUCACAAUUUGAUCUUGAUAGGUCAAUUGGUCAAGCUAACGAACAUUUCUACAUUUCUGCUUAUUCUGCCCAUCUACAUCAAUCUC